GCCAGUCGUGCGCAUAGUAAGAUCUCGCUGAUCACUCACCCUCCUCCCAUCUCUCCUUCCCGUUCCCAGCUGCCGCUAAACAAGGUGCAAGCGUCCUUGCCUUGGUCUCCCCAUCCCCGUCCCUUUCUCUGGCCAUUCACCCAUCUCACCCGCCCCCUCCCUUCCCCUCAUCUUACAUACGGUAGUCCGCCAGCCCUAAACCGUUGCGUUUGCUUACGCUGGUCUAAACGCCGCGAGGGUUUUACGCCGCGGGCCGUAAAGACGCGCCUAAGGGGGGGGCUAAGGCACAGCGAACAGGUCUGUUGACAAGAGAUUCUUCGCUAGUACUACCGGCUUUUUUUUAAUGGAAGCAUGGGAGGGAAGAACCAUGCACACGCUUUUUUCUUUGCAACCAUCCUUACAGGAACAGGGCUGACUGGGGGGGGGAAUGAUGAUGAUGAUGAUGAUGAUGAUGAUGAUAAUGAUGCAUGCGUGCACACACAUACACACACACCCCUUCCCUUCUCGGCCGAGAAAACAAGAAGAGAAACGAAGAAUGGCCGUUAGAAGGGAACAGAAAAGGGUUAAGGGUUUUCCCCAUGAGUCGCACAAAGUAGUGUGUACACACAGACACAGACGAGCCGGAGGGAUGAGAGCGAUGAGUAGUUAGCAUUUUGUUUUAGCGUGUUGUAAUAGUAUAGUUAUGGCUAACU